AUGGUCACAGUCAGAAGACGGCCGCUCAAAGUCGUGACAGACAGUGAAGAUGAUCAGAGCGAUUCCAGACAACUUCGCGAUCUGCAUCUCACCAAUAGUUCGAAGCGCAACAAGAGCCAUAAGAGUACGCCAGAAGAAGAAGAAAUAGACGACGACGAGGAUGAGUAUGAGGAUGAAGACGGCAACAAGAAUCAAUCCAAAAAGAAGAAAAACAACAAGAACUCAGGCAUAGCCCAUCUUUUACCUAUCCAUACCAUUACGAAACCUUCUGUAUUGUCUAAAGAAGCACCACCUGAGAAUUACAGUGGGUUUUUACGACUUGGUAUGCUCGUUUUGGGUGCAAGUAACAUCAGAUUAGUGAUUGAAAAUUGGAUGAAAUAUGGAUUAUUGAUUGGAUUACCACAUAGUCAUAUACCCUUCCGUGAUUUCGGUUUGUUUCUCUUUGCUUGGUUGUGCAUACCGCUCAGUCUAAUUGUUACGUUGGUGGUGGAAUAUGGAAUUAGUCAGUUGGCAAUGGUAGCGGCUACAGGGAAAAUGGAUAACGGCAAACCGGAUGAUGGAGACACAGCGGUACUAAAGACGGCAGUGUUUCAACAGCAAUUUAGAAAGAAGUUGAGUCUUUUGGAAAAUGUAGUCGGAUUCACUCAUUUUUCACAUUUAGUGCUAUUGAUCAGCUUUCCAUCUUAUAUCACGUAUAAGCACAUAUAUCAUCCAAUAGUUGGCUCAGGACUUACAUUGAUUUGCUUGAUUACAUUCUUGAAAUUGAUUUCUUAUGUCCUCACCAAUAGACAAUUACGCCAAGCUUAUCUAAAAGCGCAUCGUACAAGAAGCAACAAAACCGCUGCUGAUACAAACCCUACUACAUACGACAAUUCUCAGAAAAUCACUGACAACCAAAAAGCCAGUAAAACAAUAAUCAACCCAGAAUCAUUAUAUGAUAAAGAAGCUGCUUAUCCCAACAACAUCAAUCUCAAAAAUCUUUUAUAUUUCAUCUUUGCUCCUACAUUAUGCUACCAACCAUCCUAUCCACGUUCACCAAAAUUUCGCAAAACCUUUUUCUUGAAACGAGUGGGUGAACUCUGCUGCUGUUUAGCUAUGAUGUAUAUCCUUUCUGAGCAAUACGCUAAACCCACUUUGGCUAAUUCCAUCAAAGCGCUUGAAGACAAAGACAUCAUUAUUAUCAUUGAGCGUGUGCUUAAGUUGUCCACGACUGCUGUCGUUAUCUGGCUCUUAAUGUUCUACGCUCUUUUCCAUGCUACUUUGAAUAUUUUGGCUGAGGUGUUGCGAUUUGGCGAUCGCACAUUCUACUUAGCUUGGUGGAAUUCCGGUAAUUUGGCCACUUACUGGCGAUUAUGGAAUCGACCCGUCUAUUUAUUCUUCAAAAGACAUGUCUAUAUACCCUUUGUUCAGAUGGGCGUACCUCCAUUUGUAUGUCAAUUCUUGGUGUUCUUAGUAUCUGCUGUUUUGCAUGAGGUAUUAGUCGGUAUACCUACUCAUUCCAUCACUGGGUUUGCGUUCUUUGGUAUGUUGGGCCAAAUUCCGCUUAUUGCUAUUACAGCUCUCUUAGAGAAAUGGAGAGGAAAAGGUACAGCUUUAGGCAAUACUAUAUUUUGGGUUACUUUUUGCGUUGUAGGUCAACCUACCAUUGCUUUAUUGUAUUACUAUCAAUGGACCGCAACUCAUAGAAUUUCAAGCACCAGUUGA